AUAUAUAAGGUGGGCGACGCGGCAAUCUUUUCGCAGAGUCAAAAUGUGGUUUCACAAGUUUGUGUUUUGUGCGUUCGUGAUCGCGUGGGCCGAGGCCGAGCAGAAUGUUCAAUUAGAAAUUCCUCAGGGAUUUCUGAAGGGUCUGAAGACCAAUACUGUUUUACAGAACAAGCCCUAUUAUAGCUUCAAAGGGAUACCAUACGCAAAGCCCAAUAUCGGUCUUAAUAAAUUCCAGAUGCCGGAGCCAGCCGAUUCUUGGGAAGGCACGUACGACGCGACCUACCAUCGGUCGACUUGUCCGUUCUUCAACGUGCUAGAGCAAGACAUGCUUGGCGAAGAAGAUUGUCUUUUCCUGAAUGUUUACACUCCGGUAUUAGACAAAGAGGCUCGCAGAGCCGUUAUGGUAUGGUUCCACGGUGGUAACUUUAACGGCGGCUCCGGUGACGAUUCGUUCUUCGGGCCUGACUUUUUAGUCGAGCAGGACGUCAUUCUUGUAACGCUCAACUAUAGACUCGGCCCCCUUGGAUUUUUAAACACCGGCGACAAGAAUGCGCCUGGCAACGCCGGAUUAAAAGAUCAGGUGAUGGCGCUGAAAUGGGUGAAGGAUAACGUACAUUAUUUCGGCGGCUGUCCCAACCGAGUUACGAUCUUCGGCGAGGACGCGGGCGCAAGUUCCGUGCAGCUUCACAUGAUGUCUCCUAUGUCCGAUGGUUUGUUUAACAGCGCUAUUCAGCAGAGUGGAAGCGCGGUUAACACAUGGGCGAUGUCUUACAAUCCCAGGGAGAUGGCUUUCAAAUUGGGCGAUAAACUGGAGAUUGAAACCAGCGAUUCUGCUGAGCUAGUUGCCAGACUCGCGGAAUUUAGUGCGAAAGAAUUAAUCACGGCCAGUAUGGAAUUAAUAAAGACCGAGAACACUAUGAACGGCCGUUUCGCGGCGUUUAUUCCGUCGGUUGAGAUUGACCUAGGACAAGAAAUAUUUCUGCCCGCCGAUCCGUGGACGCUGCUGAAGACCGGAAAAAUUGCCGACGUGCCUGUUAUGGCCGGAAUCACGGCCGACGAGUCCUCGUACUUCGUGCAGAUGAUGCUCGGCAAUAUCGAUCAGAUGAAUGAACACUUCGAAAACUUUCUGCCGGACGACUUGAAUGUAACCGACGCCGGGCAAAAGAACCAACUGGGUGAAAACCUGAAGAGCUUCUACUUCGAGGAUAAGUCGAUCUCGACGGAAACGACGAAAGAGUUUAUGAUGAUGUUGGACGACGUCAUGUUUGACGUUGCGACUGCUCUCAGUUUAGAGAUAUUAAGCACCCGAAUUUCGGCUCCAAUUUACGAGUACUUAUUUUCUUACGAAGCUCCAUUCGGUAUGAUGAAGAGUUUGUUUCAAGUGGAAGAGGGUGUUGCCCAUGGCGACGACAUGACUUAUGAAUUCUAUUCGGACAUUUUGAAAAAUGUGCCACAAUCUGGCUCUCCUGCGGAGAAAAUGACGCGCAUUUUUACCACGUUAUUGGCAAAUUUUGCAAAAGACGGAAACCCUACAUCGAAUAUGAAUGAUUACGUAAACGUGAAUUGGGAGCCGAGAGGCAAAGAAGAUAAUUAUAUGAACAUUAAUCAAGAGUUAACAAUGGAGAAAGGCAUAUUGCAAAACAGGGCGGACUUCUGGAUGAAUUUGUAUAAGAAUGUUGUUGGCUAAACACACGAAAAUAUAUCGAGUUGUACGACAACGCAGCGCAAAUAUUGACUACAUCGAAUUUUAGAAGCGGCAAAUAAAAAUGUAUAAUUGUUCUUAUAUUACAAUAUAACACGAUAUCAUGAGAAUUACAAGUACAUGAAAAUCCAAGUAAAAUCUAUUAAAGCAUUAAUAACAUGCU